AUGAGGCAAUGGCACGAAGUAAAUGAAGUUUAUCCACACAGUGUAUCUGUUUCUGGAAAAGAAAUCUUGGCAAAGAACAAAAAAAUUCCCAAUGAGAAAAUUCACGAGUUUCCUGAGACACCAAAUGAUUUGAAGGUAUAUGAGAAACUGGAUUACAGCGUUGAGCCCUUGCUAAUAUCUCAAACAAAAUUAAAAGGAUCAACUCAAAAACUAAAGGUGACGCUUCGGAUGGACGAAAAUGGUAUUCUGGACAUCACACCGAGUGGUGUAAUGUAUAAUUCUGAUUGGAACGAACUUAAUAUUGAGCAAUUGAUUGAUGAAAACAGGAAAUUUGACGAAAAUGAUAUAAAAAUGCAGCUGCAAGAUGAAGUAAGAAAUAAUUUGGAAACGUUGAUAUAUGGCCAAAUACAAAAUAUUCCAUGCUUGGAGUUAUCGAAAACACACAAAAAUAAAAUAUCAGAAAAGUGCAAUGACAUGUUGGAGUGGAUUGAAAACCAUCGGGAUGAAGAAGAGGAGGUAUAUACAAACAAAAAAAAUGAAAUCUUUCGACUAAUAAAGGAAUGUGAAGAAGAAAAGAAAGCAAGAGACAAGCUGAAAAAGUACAUAGAGCAUGUCAGAAAUGCAGUCAAGACAAAAAAAUAUGAUUUCAACUCGGACGAUUCAACAAUGCUGAUUGACUUGUGCACAAACGGAGAGGAAGUUUUAAGAAACCUUGAUUCCUCACACGUAAAACUGCAUUCAACAUUUGAAAGUAUUUGGAAUGUAUUUUCUGAAGUAUUAAAACAAUUGGAGGAAAAAAACAAGAAUUCAAGCAUAAAACAUAAUGCAAAUAGUACAAAGAUUGGAGGAGACAAAAACCUGCUUUCUGAAUACGUUAAGUACGUAAAAAUUGAUAUUGAAAAUUCUGAAUUAAAAUUGGAACCUGCAGACAAAAAAUUGAUCAAGGGCAAAUGUGACAAGACAGAAACAUGGAUAAAACAAAACCCAGAAGCCAAACAAAAAACUUUGGAAGAAGAAAGGAAUGAAUUAAAAACCUACUAUGAGACUGUGUUCAAGCCAUCCAUCAAAAAAAGACUGGAGGUUCCAAAAAAAACAACUGCAAAUUCUCUUGCAAAAUAUGUAGAUGAUAUCAUCAAAAUCAUGUCCGGAACUGGAGCAAAAUUUGAAAAGAAAGAAAAAGAUGCCAUUUUCCAAAAAUGCAGAAGUAUACAAGAAUUUCUCAAACUUUACAAGGUACAUUUAUAUAUAUAUAUAUCUCAUGAAAAUGCGUAG